AUGCAUCGAGGCUCGAGAAGAAGCUUUGGGUGCGGGGCUUGUCGGCGAAUCAAGAUGAAGGUGAACGAUGAAUGCGAUGAAAACCGCCCAAUUUGUGAUCGCUGUCUGCGAGCAGGUCGGGAAUGCGUGUAUCCGCCUCAGUUCCACUUUGUCGACACGAAUACACGAUUCGCAGCACCCGAGGCUCGAGAGCGACCUACACCUCCGAGAACGGGGACGGAAGAAUUGAAGGCCAAGCUGACCCUGCUUCAUGGAGAAGGCGACGACGAUGGAAUGAUCUACAAGUUCCAGCUGCUCCGCUACCGGUCGACAACGCCUCCGUCUUCGUCGGGGGAAUCCAGCCCUUCCGUACCCAAGGCUCCCAGUUUGUCUCGGGGAGAGAAGCUCGCCUCAGCAUUGGCCGCUUCGUUCAAAGCCCCUCCGUAUGGUUAUCGGCUGCAUCAUCUUGGCAGAUACAUGAGCGAGAUACCUAGUCGCCUUGGUCACAACCCAGCCCUCGAUAUUGCAGUAGAAUGUCUUCUGCAAUCCCAUGCCCAAUUGCUUGAAGCAAUCCAAUUCUCUCAGCCCAGCACCCAGCCCAGCCCCGAGUAUAUGAGAGCCCUACAAACCCUGCAGAAUGUGAUUGCAGAUCCUGUUUUGGGCACUUCUGCCGAAACGGUUUGUGCCACUAUGCUGAUGGCUCACUAUGAGAUGAUGGCCCCAGAAAGACGUUCUCACCAAUACAUAGCGCAUGCUGGCGGUGCGUCGAAACUGAUAUUUGUCCGCGGUCCGAGGCGUGUACGCACAAGUUUCGAGUAUAGCCUCUUUCGCACUCAACGAGGCCGAAUCGUCCUUGAAGCGCUCCUCCGAGGGGAACACUGCUUUUUACUGACGGGUGGAUGGCAAGACAUUUGCCCCGAGAAAUGCCGGAGCAUCAGAUUCUCGAGCGUCGACUACCUGUUCGAGAGCAUCUGCAGGAUUCCCACCCUCGUUAAAUACGUUGUGGAUUGGAAAGCUGGGGUAUCUGAGCUAGGUCUGCACGACAUUACAGAUAUCGGGAGGAGGUUGCAACAGGAGCUACGAGCGGCUUCGCCUCGGGGCUCAAUGUCUGCCAGCCUCGAGGGUGAUCUUGGAUUUGAAGAGCAUCGAUCUUCGACAUUAGAUGACGAGUUCCCGCUCAGCAUUCACUUCCACUCCCACGAGGGCGCUAUAUUCCAUACAUGGCGGUGGAUGGCAUUGCUACUUACGGAGCUUUGUCUGGUUAAUCUUGUCGCUGAUCCGAGAUUGCGACUGAGCAUUGCUGACACUGCGCGGCGGAUCUGCAUGUGCUACGAAUAUGCAAGUCUUUCGAAACCGCUGGGAGCCCAGUUCUUGCAGGUGCCCCUGAUUGUUGCAUACGCUGUGAGCGACCAGAAAGUGAAGAAGUGGAUUCUAGACAAGAUUAACCUAUUGAUUGGGGGACUCUAUGUCACAUAUACUGGAGAGUACUUGGACACCAUGUCGAUGAUGAUUUUGAAGGGUCUCAAAUAA